CAGGACAAGAGGAAUCAGAUGAACUGUCACAAUGAGACCGCCAUCAACAUGGACGACAUUGGCUCUCUUCUUUGUUAUUCAGGAGACAGCAAGACCUUGCACAGUGAAGAAACUGAGCAGCAACGCAGGCCGAUUCUCCAAUGCCACAUUGGUGCGUCUUUCCGAGUUUUUGAGUGCGGGCUACAAGAAAGGGGUGCGACCGGUAAAAGACUGGCGGACGUCAACGCUGGUGGCCAUCGACCUGAUGGUUUACUCCAUCCUCAAUGUGGAUGAGAAGAACCAAGUUUUGACAACGUAUGUGUGGUACAGACAGUCAUGGACAGAUGAAUUCCUUGUUUGGAAUCCUGAAGACUUUGACGAGGUCAAACAAGUUUCUCUACCAACUGCCAACGUGUGGGUGCCGGACAUCCUCAUUAACGAGUUCGUCGAUGUAGGGAAGUCUCCUGACAUACCGUAUGUCUACGUGACCCAUGAUGGGCUGGUGCGCAACUACAAACCAAUCCAGGUGGUCACCGCCUGCACGCUCAACAUCUACAACUUCCCUUUUGACGUCCAGAAAUGCAGCCUGACCUUCCAGAGCUGGCUCCAUACAAUUGAUGACAUCAACAUCACAUUGAUGCGCAGUCCCGAGGAGCUGAGGGAGGACAAGAGCGUCUUCAUGAACCAAGGAGAGUGGGAGCUGCUACACAUUCUGUCCAACUACAAGAUCUUCAGCGUGGACAAUGAUGACUACUAUGCUGAAAUGAAGUUUCAUGUGGUGAUCCGUAGACGUCCAUUAUUCUACACGGUCAACUUGUUGCUGCCCAGCAUCUUCUUAAUGGUCAUGGACAUCGUGGGCUUCUUUUUACCACCUGACAGCGGCGAGAGAGUUUCCUUCAAGAUCACCUUGCUGCUGGGAUACUCAGUCUUCCUCAUCAUUGUGUCUGACACUCUGCCCGCCACCGCAAUUGGAACACCACUAAUUGGAGUCUAUUUUGUCGUGUGCAUGGCCCUACUGGUGAUCAGCCUGACGGAAACGGUGCUGAUCGUACGACUGGUCCACAAGCAGGAUCUGCAGCCCCCCGUUCCUCAUUGGUUGAGGUACCUUGUCUUGGAGAGACUAUCUUGGUUGUUGGCCCUCGGAGAAAAAAGUGUAUCCACCCCUGAUCUAUCUCCAUUCCCAUUAGCCCAGUGUACCCUCCAUCACACUUGCGAGAUCGGUCGGCAGCACCAGAGGGAGGCGGCCCUGCUGGCACGGAUCCCGCCCCCUUCCAGAGACCCGUCGCCGCCCAUCGUGAGCGACAUCUUGCAGGAGGUGACGGCAAUCCGCAGCUUCCUAGAGAAGCGGGACCGUGGUAAUGAAGUGGCCAAGGAGUGGCUGCAGGUGGGCUACGUUUUGGAUGUGCUACUCUUCAGGGUCUACUUGGUGGCCGUAGUGGCCUACAGCAUCACGCUGUGCACACUUUGGUCUGUAUGGCAGGUGGCCUGACACCGUUUGUUGCUCCGCAAGUGGAAAUGACACGGCAGUUGGCCAAAGGUCAGAGAGAUUUAC